AUGGAUUUGGUUCGACCAGAAAUCACUGUUCGUGAACGCUGCAUUUGUAGAUGGGAUUGUCCGGCAGAAUAUGAGCUUCACGUGAAGCUCCUCAAAGGGGAUGAAAACUUUGAUGCUAUUAGUGAAGACUACGAAAAUCAAGAAAAUGCGAUUUAUCCCCGCUUUCGCACGGCCAAGAGAAGCUGGACCGCGACUGAAGAAAAAGGAAAAGCAUGGGUGCUCGUUGAAUAUGUGUUCGAAGAUUACCCAGCCGGUAUGAGAACCAUAGGUGUCCUGAGUUGCGGCAAAGACCGCCGCUGGUGGGGUGGCCACUUUGGUUCUAAGUUCGGAGCCACUGAAGUAUUCAUAAAAUUACCCGAUUAUCCGAGAUUGCUGGCUCCUGAUGAGUCAGUAGACGCUUGGAGCACCCUUGAAGACUGACUGUUUACUUUUCUCUGACUACUCUCGAUAGCUAAAGCAGGUGUCACAAAAACUAACCCUGAUCAGUAUAUAAUGCCUCAUCACAUUGUUAUGAAAAAAAUCGGAUUUUAUGGGAGGGUAGAGUUGUGGAAUUUGAGAGAGGAGCUUCUUAGAGAGCAAAUUUUGAUAUGUCACUUCGUCAUUCUCAUCUAUUGUAUAGAAGUUUCGAUUAUCUGCCGUCGUUGUUUUGCAUUACCCAGGAUUAUGUAGAGUAAUAUAGAGUAAUAAACUUCAAGCAAAG